UCGAACAGAGAGAAAAACAAAUGGGGAGAUCAAUUUCUAGUUCUUCAUCAAUAUUCUCACUAAUAUUCCUCCUCCCCUACAUUUUUCUAUUAAGUGUUGAUCUUUUUGGUGCAAAUUUAAGAGCAAAUGCUGUCACCCAACUAAUUAAAACAGCUUGUGAUUUCUCUAAUGUAAAAGAUUUUUGCUAUAAUGUUUUGGGAAAUGAUCCAGAUGCUCAAUGGGCCACAACUAGGUUCAGUCUUGAAAACACUACAAUUGUAUUGGCAGAAACAAACUACACAAACAUUGCAAGGAAGGUUUUGACAAUCACUUCAAACGAGACAAAUCCAGAAUUUAAGCAAAUUUAUAAGAAUUGUCUUCAUCAGUAUUUACUUUUGAAAUCAGAUUUCAAGAACUUAAUUCAUACCUUGGAAUUCAAUGGUAAUAUUGCUCAAGCGGUUGAGGGUGCACAGCUUCAUCUAUUUACUUGUAUGGAUUAUUUGACGCAAUCUCCAAAUAUUGCAAAUCCCUUUGCUCAAGAUAAUGAAAAUAUGGCUUCCUUCUUUGAACUUAUUAGGGAUAUUUCAGCCAUACCUUUGGAAUAGGAAGCAUGUAUUUUCUCCUAUGAUUGUAUUAUUCACAAGUUUAUGAUAAUCUUUAUUUUAUGAAAUUUUAUGUUUUUUACAAGAGUUCCUGGCCAAUAUAUAUUCAUUGCUAAAAAGAUG